ACAAAAACAGAGCCAGUGCCCUGAAGCGUCACACUCCUGUCUUUGUCUUCAUCUGUCUCCACAGCUGAAAGCUGAAACAAAACAUGGCCAAAACGAUCGGAAACAUAAUUAACAAAAUCCCCACAAGUUUUCAUUGAUUGGAUGCUAAACAGGAGUCCUGUUGAAAAUGCUAUCUGGGCAUUUAAAUUUUCAUUCUUGAGUUAGGGUUUUGGUCACUUCAAAAUCCCAGUUUCUUGAUCACUUCAUCCCAAAUGCCUCACAUUUUGGCUUGAAUUUGAACUCUGGUUUGCAAUGGCGAGCACCUCUGGCCAAGAAUUUAGUUCAAACAGAAGUUAUAGACGAUGGUUAGCAGAAACUUUUGAUGGCCACGAAACAGGCGAUGAUGACCUUUCAGGAAAUUUGGAUGGAAAUGACUGUUUUAUUCAAUCAUCUGAUCCUAGUUUUCCUUUGACUUCAGAUCCUCCAGAACCAUGUAUUAGAAUGGAGUUUGAAUCAGCAGAGGAGGCUAGGGAGUUUUAUGAGAUGUAUGGACGGCGUAUGGGAUUUACAAUCCGAAAUAAUCGUACACGCCGAUCACUUAAAGAUAAUUCAAUAAUUGGUCGAGAGUAUGUUUGCUCUAAAGAGGGUUUUCGUGCUGAAAAAUAUGCAAAUAGAGAGAGUAGAGUUUUCCCUUCACGGCCUGCCACAAGAGAGGGAUGCAAUGCCAUGCUGAGAAUCGCUGCAAAGGAUGGUGGAAAGUGGGUUAUUUAUGGUUUUGUAAAAGAACAUAAUCAUGAGCUGAAUCCAAGCAAAAUACCACCCAGACGAUCACAUAGAAUUGCAUUCUCUGAGGACGAGAAGGAUCUUCAAAUUCGACAACUAUCUACAGAGCUGCACCGCGAGAAAAAGAAAUCUGCAGCUUAUCAAGAACAACUAUGUCUGGUAUUAAAAUACAUCGAGGAACACACUCAGCAGCUAGCUUUGAAAGUUAACGUAGUGACUAGCAACAUGAGAGAACUUGAAUCCGAAGAGCAGGAAAGUUCAUACUCUGACUAGAGUUGGCUUCAUUUCCACCAUGUUUUCCGGCAAGACUCAAUAGUCAUCCUAUGAUAUUGGUACAGUUUCAUACCAACUCAAUAACAGCUUGUUGUGUUCUAAUGGUUCAAAUAAUAUGCAAUACUUGUACCAUCCAGUAUCAUAGAAUUUUCCUUGCCAGUAUAAAAUGCCAUUUGACUUGUAUACUUAACAGAACCCAUCUUGCUUUUGAUGCAAAUGUUUGUGAUGUUAGUAUUUUGAAACAGAAGAAGGGUCUUGCAUGUUCAA